CCCACCAGGGCGCGCAACUUUGGAAGUCCCGCGGUGCUCCAGGAGGAGGCAGAGUGCCCGGGUCCAGCCCAGCCCUCCUGGGGGCAAGCGAGAGAAUCGGAAAACGCUUCGAGGACCUAAGGAGACAGAACUAGGACCCCGGAGCACGCGUCAACAGCCCUCGGCUACCUCUUGGGGUAAGACUUCUUGCUUUCGCUCAGCUCAAGAGUCAAGGUAUAGAUGUCUAUUUAAAUACAUUUCUAUAAUUUCCUGACAUCUUUCCAAAUCAUCAGGCCACCGAUGAUUUCUGUUUUCUGUCUUCUUGAAGAAUAAAUCCCUCUGUAACCACCAACGGCCCUACUUUCUCCUGCCGCUUAGAAAUAAAACUUGGCGGCCGUGUUUAAGGAGCUCGGAGAGAUAAGGCGCCCGGAAGGAAGGACAACCCGGUGCCAGUUUGUGGGAGUCAGCCCAUGGACUAUUAGUGGUUCCCCCAACUUGGGCCCGGGCUCCUUGCGGCCCUUUCCCUAUGUGAGGCGCGGCGGGACGAGCUGGGCACGGGAGGAAGAGGAGGACCCACGGACGCGGGGCCGGAAGGCAGCUGGCAGCAGGCCCAGGAGAACCGGCGCCCGCGUUCAUGUUCCGCCAGGAGCAGCCACUGGCCGAGGGCAGCUUUGCGCCCAUGGGCUCCCUGCAGCCGGACGCCGGUAACACCAGCUGGAACGGGACUGAGGCUCCCGGGGGCGGCACCCGGGCCACCCCUUACUCCCUGCAGGUGACACUGACGCUGGUGUGCCUGGCUGGCUUGCUCAUGCUGUUCACCGUGUUUGGCAACGUGCUGGUCAUUAUCGCCGUGUUCACCAGCCGCGCGCUCAAAGCACCCCAAAACCUCUUCCUGGUGUCUCUGGCCUCAGCGGACAUCCUAGUGGCCACGCUUGUCAUUCCUUUCUCGCUGGCCAACGAGGUCAUGGGCUACUGGUACUUUGGCAAGGUGUGGUGCGAGAUCUACCUGGCGCUCGACGUGCUCUUCUGCACGUCGUCCAUCGUGCACCUGUGCGCCAUCAGCCUGGACCGCUACUGGUCCAUCACGCAGGCCAUCGAGUACAACCUGAAGCGCACGCCGCGCCGCAUCAAGGCCAUCAUCGUCACCGUGUGGGUCAUUUCGGCCGUCAUCUCCUUCCCGCCGCUCAUCUCCUUUGAGAAGAAGGGUGCUGGCGGCGGGCAGCAGCCGGCGGAGCCCAGCUGCAAGAUCAACGACCAGAAGUGGUACGUCAUCUCGUCGUCCAUCGGUUCCUUCUUCGUGCCUUGCCUCAUCAUGAUCCUGGUCUACGUGCGCAUCUACCAGAUCGCCAAGCGCCGCACCCGCGUGCCGCCCAGCCGCAGGGGUCCGGACACCUCCUCCGCGCCUCCGGGGGGCACCGAGCGCAGGCCCAAUGGCCUGGGCCCGGAGCGAGGCGCGGGCCCGGCGGGCGGCGAGGCGGAGCCGCUGCCCACCCAGCUUAACGGCGCCCUGGGGGAGCCGGUGCCGGCGGAGCCGCACGACCCGGACGCCCUGGACCUGGAGGAGAGCUCGUCGUCCGAGCACGCGGAGCGGCCCCCGGGGCCCCGCAGACCCGAGCGCACCCCCCGCGCCAAGAGCAAGUCCCGGGCGAGCCAGGUGAAGCCUGGGGACAGUCUGCAGCGGCGCGGCCCGGGGGCGACCGGGCCCGGGGCGUCGGGGUCCGGGCCGGGAGAGGAGCGCGGUGGGGGUGCCAAAGCAUCGCGCUGGCGCGGGCGGCAGAACCGCGAAAAGCGCUUCACGUUCGUGCUGGCCGUGGUCAUCGGUGUGUUCGUGGUAUGUUGGUUCCCCUUCUUCUUCACCUACACGCUCAUAGCGGUCGGCUGCCCGGUGCCGUACCAGCUCUUCAAUUUCUUUUUCUGGUUUGGCUACUGCAACAGCUCUCUGAACCCGGUCAUCUACACCAUCUUCAACCAUGACUUCCGCCGCGCCUUCAAGAAGAUCCUUUGCCGCGGGGACAGAAAGCGGAUCGUGUGAACGCGCAGCCAGCGACCGGCUUACAGACUCGCACCCAACGCAGGCCCUGGGCAUUGAGGGGUGCAUCUAAGCAUGCAGCCCCAGCACUCUGAAAACCAGGACUUGCCUGCUCCGUGCGUUUUCUGACUUGGCAGGAGCUCAGUGGCCUCCUGCGGGCACCUUCUGUUCUUACAUGCCAAAAAAGUUCUGGCUGAGGGCCACAUACACCCUCUAUUGUUAUUAUGGCUGCUUCAGACCCACAGCCAUUUUCGGGGUGGGCUACCCCUAAUCAGUAUUGUUUCCGAAUGAUAUUGUCACCCUCUUCCCUAAUUCGGCUUCAGAGCAAGCACAGCACUAGAGGGGGCAUGACUGCCAAAGGGUUAAUGAAUGGCUAAUUGCCUCCCUCAAAAAACCAUUCAGGUCAACCCUGCCAGCCCUUCCCAUCCUUACUGUAAAUACACACUAUUUUUGAUAACACACUUUGGAGUCCUCAAUGUUGGCCUUGGUGUGAUGUUGAAAUCCUGGCUAUGAAGAUGCUGUCCAGGCCAACACAGACACUGGAUAAUGUGGUCCAGGCCAAGCUCCUUUGCAAUGCAAACCCAUUUCUAGUGUUAACAUGUCGCUGUGUCCUUUUCACCAGUAACUGGUGACUGUCCCUCAGACAUGGACUUGCUUUGAGAUUUCCUGACAGGGAAAAGAUUUCUGUUCAUUUUUUUCCUGUGCCUAACAGCAUAAUUGCCUUUUCCUAUGUAAAUAUUACAGCAAUGGACCAAGGCAGAAGGAAAUGAACCUUUCCGCCUUGUAUCAGCCCUGUGUAUAAAGCCAUUAUCCUCUGAGGCACCGUUUACCCCAGUAACUCACUUUAAAACUGACUUUAAAACUGGUGUCCCUCCCUCCUCAGAGACCACUGCUUGAAGAACAUGUAUGUUUCUAUCUUGUAUGUGUGUCAACUCCUCACCCUGUGAAAGUGCUGACUAAGGGGAAAUCUUUUAGCUGCUGUUUUUAGAGACAGAGAAGUGGAAAUUAUGUGGAAGAAGCAAACCUGAUACAAUUUGUCCAAGGUAAACAGUUUGAGAAGACAAAUGGGCCAGCCUCACUGUACAGCUCCAGCCCCAAGAGCUCUUAGGUAUCAAAGUAUUGCCCUUCCCCCCUGCUUUUCUGGCUGAGAUCACUUCACUAAUGAAUUGCCAAAGUCAGGGAGGAGGCGGAGACUUUGUGUUUACAACCGGGUUUAUACAUGUUUCAGACAGACAAUGUGCUCUGAUUUCACUAAAGAAAAACUGUCAGCACAUGUUGCUCAUGACAAUGGAUUUUUAAAAAAUAAAGUUUACAGAUCAAAUGUGAAAU